UCGCAGUCCACUGUGCAAUGGAAGUCCCAUCGGGAUUUUGUGUCCUUUGACAAUCCUUUGGCUUUGAUCGUCCUAUUUUGCUGCAUUCAGUUUUUCCACAGUUGCUAUGAACACAAUUCAUUUCUCUCUCUAACUGCUCCACGUGUCCGAUGUUUAAUAACUUAUUUCGUCAGAAUUUCUCAUGAACGGGUGAAAGACAUAAAUGAUGUUCAUGAUGAAUGAAUAAUAUUAAAUAUUCAUAGUGCGUUUAAGUGUAUCAAGAACCUAAAAUUACUCAAAACAAAAAACAUCAAUCAAUUAAUUAAGAACAAUGGCUGCAGAUUGAUUGAUGUCGAUAAAAAAAUUGUAUAUAUUGUGGUUGAAACCGAGAAAUUAACACCAUAAUCGUUAACCAAUUUGAUUUUAAUCUAUCAUCUGAUUGUUUUCAAUUCACCAGAAGUAAAAACCAUGAACCAAUUUUUAGCCAUUACUUUUGUUAUCGUCGUCUCAUCAUGUUAUGGAGAUGCUCUUUGGAGUGGAACUAAUUUGGAUUGGGCUGGAGGAAUGACUCCUUGUCAGGUUUGUCAAUUUAUGGCCGAAGCUGAAGUAUCUGAUUUGACAAAAGCUCGAGAUGCUUUAAUACCUGGAUUUUCCGAACCUGGACGUCCUACUUUACCUGGACUUAUGGAGCAAUGUGGUAAAUACCCAACUCCCGAAGGAUCUUGCGACGCUUACGUUAAAGUAUUCAAUGAUUCCUUUAAUCUCCUUAUCGAAAGGCAAAACAAAACUAAGGAGCUUUGUGCUUACUAUACUCUCUGUGAGUCUAGUUCAACCCUCGAUAUCAGUUUUCCUACGCUUCCCGUUGCUCCAGUUACACCCAAACAAAUUCCUUCCAAAGUUUAUGAUGACGCGGUUUGUAACCAAUGUACCAAUACUGUCGCUGCAAUGACAUUCAUGGGAAUUGGAAAUUAUGCUAGUAGAUUCGCUACUCGAACUAAAAAUGUGUGUUUAGAAUGGGUUAAAACUACUGAGUUCCCAAGCGAUCAAGAUAUCGAAAAGUGUUCUCAACUCAACUCAGUUUAUUUCAAUCCAAUUACCGAUAACAUAGUCGACAAGUCGACCCAGAACUAUUUGUGUUGGGAUCUUUUCGACGUUUGUGAACCAUCCAAAAAACCAAGUGAAUUGAAGUUACCAAAAAACUUGAAAGAAAUUACUAAAAAUCUACCCAUCAAUUAAAUGGCCAUUUUCCAAUUGUUAAACAUGAGUUGAAAAUUAAAUGUACCAAUGAUUAGCACUCCAAUUUAAUCAGUAUUAACAACAAUAAAAAACUUCCU